AUGCAAUCAGGCAACGUCGUCGACUCAACAGCUACAGCAGUACGCCGUCCCUCUUGGAUCGCCGACACACACUUGCCGGCUGCGGCCACAGGCCACGGAGGAUUCAAUGCAGGUCGCCGUUUCUCCACGGGAAUCGGCGGGUCAGGAAACAUGUCUGUGGCAAGCGGCGCCGCAAACAAAUAUACCAACACCGAAUUCGAAGAUCAAGAAGCACGCUCGAAUAAUGAAAACAUGCGACGGCUGAGUAUCGCGAGUAUGAGCCAGCGGAGAGAGAGCCUGGGAAGUGUCAUGGGAUCAGGUGGGGGGUCCAGUCGGAGGGCAAGCAUAGCCUCAAUGAAGGAUUACCUGAUGAGGAGGAGGGCGAGCAAGGCUUGA